CUCACGAUGAAGCUCAUGGCGUCGUCGGACUACAUUAAGAGCAAGGACCGAGACGUGCCCGUGUUCGAGCUCGAGACGUCGCUGGGGUUCAAGGUCGACCCGCAGCUCCUCAAGUGUCUUUCGAACGUGGACCGGAUCCAGUACAACCCGGAGUCAUCGUCGUUCCAGUACCUCUCGCUUCACAACAUCAAGACGGGCGAGGACCUUUUGCGGGUGCUCCGGAACCAGCCUGCGUACGCCGGGCUCAGCGUGAAGCAGUUGCGGGACGGGUGGAACAACUGUUUGCCUACGAUUGCCCGGUUGGAGCAGGAGAACGAGAUUAUAGUGCACAAAACGAAGAAAGACAACUCGCCCCGACACAUCUGGCUCAACUUCGACAAUUUGCCGAUCCGCACCCUGGACAUGAUCUUUUACGAAAUGUGGAACGCCGUGAACAUUCCGCAGCACGACGACUUGGUGAAGUUGCUCCUCGACAACGGCCUCAAACCCACCAACGCCGAGCCAGAGAGCAUGAAAAACAAGAAGAUUACCUCCGUCCAGGAACGUAAGCAGAAGAAGCCAAGACGUGGUAAAAUCACAAACGUUCACAUGAGAGGAAUUUUGAAGGACUACUCG